AGUACUUCCGUUCACGCGUAGAUUUUUGACAACCUUAAAAAGACAAUAAAACAACUACCUGGCAGCUGUCUCGGAACACACCUUUCCAGUGAUGCCAGUAAAAAGACUACUAUACCCUCUCUACCAGUUGGGAAACCCUCAGCUGAGGAUUUUCCGACCCAACUGGUUCAUGACUCUGGUGAGGCCCGGAAAAGAGCAGCCUCCUGACACGGUCCAGUUUCGCAUCCCAAUGGAAAUGACCAAGUAUGACAUAAAGAACUACCUGGAGAAGAUCUAUAGCAUCCCCGUAGGAGCAGUCCGCACCAGAAUACAGUUUGGCUCCAACAAGAAGAGGAAUCAUCUCAACCAGAAGGUUAAGCAGCCUGACUAUAAAGUAGCCUACGUUCAGCUGGCCCAGGGCCAGACGUUCAGCUUCCCGGACCUCUUCCCAGAAAAGGAUCAAACGUCCACGGAGGGCUCCAUGGAGGAAAUGCAGGAGAAGUUCAUGGAGGACGAGAAGCAGAGGCAGAAACCCGACCCCAGGAGGGGCGGGGUCACGGAGUGGUUCGGGCUGUGAGACCGCCCCCUGACCGUGAACUCUGCUCGUAUGGUGUGGCGUGGGUGUUUCAUUGGGAGCAACGUGUACUGACUUACGCCACCGUUGUGAUGUCACUUCUAUUUCUGUAUAAAAGAGUCACACGUGUGGAGUAAAGAAGAAUGUGUGUGAGUGCGUGAAUGUGGUCUAGUAACUCAAGCAAGAACAGAAACGCAGGAGGAGAGGCCCGGCUCCAUCUUUCAUGAAACCGGCCCUCCGUACAGGAUCACCAUCACCUCAAAUGACCUCCUCUUCUGCCUCCUCCCCCCCUUCCUGCUCCACCUUCUUCUCCUUCUCCCUCUUUAACGACGGUACCUCUGCACCCUUCUUUCUUUGACUCGACUUUCCCUGGGAGUUUCCAUUCCUUCUCUCCGACGCUCCUCUUCCUCUCCCAUGCUGGGGAGGGGUAUAUUGUGGCAUCCCUAGUCGCCCUGACUCUCAGCCAGUUGGAUCAGACUACCUGGACAACCCGCAUCCUUUCCUCUUUUUAUGAGUUUGCCUUGGAUUAAUUGACCACUUUAGGUAAACAACAAUUGAGUUGUUGUUUAAGCAAAGCAACGACAUGGAAUUUGCUGUAGUGUUUUAUUAUUUUGCGGUAGCACCUCUUGCCAUAAAUCUUGAGAGAUUGUACCCAGUGUUUGCCCAGCAUGCAGGACUUGCCAGUGAAUCUGUCUAAUUGUAAGUGCUGUUGGAAUAAGAACUAAUAAACGGUCACUUGUCCAAAAGUG